AGCCUCUCCCCAAAAAAGAUCCAAAUUUCUCUUCCUCUCUCUCUCUCUCUAGCUUUUCCGACGACGUCCCCUAUCCCUAUUACCCUCCUUUCCGGUUACCAUCUCACCGUCUGUUCCUCUUCCGGUCAAUCCUUCUACACCCAUCCCUACUUUCUUCCUUUCGUCUUGGAUUACGGUCGAAUUCUUAGCCGAGAGUUCUUGAUUUUAUCUGGUUUUGCUGCUAAAUUUACUAUAUUCCUCUCUCUCUCUCUCUCUCUCUCUCUCUCUCUGUUUCACCGCAAAGUUCGUCCAAUCCCUUCCUGUGAAGCUUCUUUUGCUGUCUCUAAGAAUUCUAAUUUCUUUCUCCGCUUUCUAUAAAUUCCUUAUCUCAUAGAAGGGUCGUUUCUUUUUCUUUUCUCUUCUCUCUCUCUCUCUCUCUCUCUCUUCCGACUUCUGUCAUAGAAGCAAGCGUAGCGUUGUGAGUUCUUGUCACAGAAGUAUCUGGGUCGGACUUCAUGGGGGAUUCCGACAACGAGUCCGGCGGGCACAACAACAACGCGAACAGCGAGUUCUCGCCGCGGGAGCAGGACCGGUUCUUGCCCAUCGCUAACGUGAGCCGAAUAAUGAAGAAAGCACUUCCUGCGAACGCCAAGAUUUCCAAGGACGCAAAGGAGACGGUACAGGAGUGCGUAUCGGAGUUUAUCAGCUUCAUAACCGGUGAAGCGUCGGAUAAAUGCCAGAGAGAGAAAAGGAAGACGAUAAACGGCGACGAUCUGCUCUGGGCCAUGACCACGUUAGGAUUUGAAGAGUACGUAGAGCCCUUGAAGAUAUAUCUGCAGAAGUUCCGAGAGAUGGAAGGUGAGAAAAGCUCCAUGGGAAGGCAAGGCGAGAAGGACGGCUCCGGUGGUGGUUCAGGCGGCGCAGGAUCGGCCGGGGGAGGCAAUGGCGCGGUUGUAAAUCCAGGGGGUAGCGGUGGCGGUUUUAAUGGAGGUGGGAUGUACGGGGGAAUGCAGCCGGCGAUGAUGAUGAUGGGUCAUCAUCAAGGACAAGUAUAUGGCUCCGGUUCGUAUCAUCAAAUGGCCGUGGCUGGUAAAACCAGUUCGACCACUGGCGCCGGUGGAGCUCCAGCUGCGAGGCCAAGGUAGGUGUUAGAAGUGAGUGCUGUUUAUGAUAGACAGUUGUUGAAUGAAUAUCGAACGAGUGAAUGAUGAUGCUGAUUGUAUGGUCCUUUUAGGGUUCCUAUUUUCUACUCUAUCCUUUGUUCCGCUAUUUCCUUUUUCUUCUGAAUUAUUUUGGAGAUGUUAAUUAACUUGGAUUAGAGAGAACUUAAUGUGAGGGGUUGUUGGGUUGAAGGAGGAAUCUAUGUGUAAUUGAGAGAAGAAAGAACAUAUGUAUCACCACCAUAGUGAAGAGCAAAGAUGUGUAACAUAGAUAUAACAGCAUCUGAUGAUGUCUUAGUUCUUCUAAUUGAGCAACAGAAAACAAUCUCAAAUCUUCUGUAUUAUACUUUUUUUGUGCUUAUUCUCC